AUGGCUUCGGAUCCAAAACUGAAGGCUGAGAUAGGUCCCGAUGGAUUAGCGAGAGAAGCUCCUGUUAUUGCUUACACUGAGAAGAUAAUCGAGGAAGAGCAGCUUCAGUUGAGGAAAUACAUUGAGGAGAACUAUUCAAAGAUAAGGGAUGUGGAAAGGGAAUUUGGAAACCUCACCUUGGAGAUGAAACUCACUGCUGGUCCUAAGAAAGCUGCACUGGAACACUUGAGAAAGAAAAUUGAAGUCUGUACUGAGAAGAUCCAUGCUGCUAAGUUGAAAGAAGAUGAAGCCAGAAAGGCAUAUGAAGCAGCAUCAAAAGUUGUCAAGGAUGAAGAAGCAAUAAAGCAGAGCCUUUGCGAUGAUUUAAACCGUCUGGUCCAUGAACCGGAGACUAAAUCUGGAGCCGACAGCUCACCAGCAGCAACCAGUGCCAAUCAGGCUCAUCAAGAGAAUAACCACGGGAAGGAAGAGGGAGGUAAAGAACAAGGACAGAAGCCAGCAACAGCUGAUGGAGAAUCAAAAGCGAAAAAGAAACCACAGAUUCAAGGAAGGGGAAGAGGAAUUGGAAUCAUGAAUAAAGGCAGAGGGGGUUGGACAGGUUCUGGAUUCGAUGUGGAUGGUAGAAACUGA